CAAAUGGCGGAUGACGCCGGUGCAGCGGGAGGGCCCGGAGGCCCCGGGGGUCCGGGGGCGGGAGCCCGCGGUGGCUUCCGCGGAGGCUUCGGCAGUGGUCUGCGGGGCCGGGGUCGCGGCCGUGGUAGGGGCCGUGGCCGAGGCCGCGGUGCUCGCGGAGGCAAAGCCGAGGACAAGGAGUGGCUCCCUGUCACCAAGCUGGGUCGUCUGGUCAAGGACAUGAAGAUCAAGUCCCUGGAGGAGAUUUACCUUUUCUCCCUGCCAAUCAAGGAGUCUGAAAUCAUUGAUUUCUUCCUGGGAAUGUCCCUCAAGGAUGAGGUUUUGAAGAUCAUGCCUGUGCAGAAACAGACGCGUGCUGGUCAGCGGACUAGGUUCAAGGCGUUUGUCGCCAUUGGGGACUACAAUGGUCACGUUGGCCUAGGCGUCAAGUGUUCCAAGGAGGUGGCCACAGCCAUUCGCGGGGCUAUCAUCUUGGCCAAACUGUCCAUCGUCCCCGUGCGGCGAGGCUACUGGGGGAACAAAAUCGGCAAACCCCACACAGUUCCUUGCAAGGUGACCGGCCGCUGUGGCUCUGUCCUGGUGCGUCUCAUCCCUGCGCCCAGAGGCACUGGCAUUGUCUCAGCCCCUGUGCCCAAGAAGCUGCUGAUGAUGGCUGGUAUUGAUGAUUGUUACACCUCGGCAAGGGGCUGCACUGCUACCCUGGGCAACUUUGCCAAGGCCACCUUUGAUGCCAUCUCCAAGACCUACAGCUAUCUCACCCCUGACCUCUGGAAAGAGACUGUGUUCACAAAAUCUCCCUACCAGGAGUUCACUGAUCACCUUGUGAAGACCCACACCAGAGUCUCUGUGCAGAGGACCCAGGCUCCAGCCGUGGCAACCACAUAAUAAGAGGCUUUGAUAAAAAAGAAAUAAAAGUGAAUUCAGCCUGUU